GGAAGGACAAGAAGAUACGAUGUGGUGCAGCAGAGAGCGGCUUCUAGUGCUCGUGGUGCUCGGCUUAUGGGCGACGUGCUCGCACGUAGCGGAGGGCGGCACCAAGUUGCCUUUGAAUGGCCUGGUGCUCCAUUACUACAGUAAGAAUACGAAGUGCACCAUGGCAGAGAAGCUGAUAACGAGAGCGGUUCGCAAGGCGUGGGAGAAGGAUCGGUCCAUUACUCCCGCUCUCCUCCGCGUCGUCUACUCCGACUGCUUCAUUAGGGGUUGUGACGCUUCGAUUCUAUUGGAUGGGGAGGGAUCGGAGAAGGAGGCACCACAGAACGCGGGAUUGAGGGGGUUUGACGUCAUCGACGCGAUCAAGCACAAGUUGGAGUCCAAAUGCCCCGGCGUUGUGUCGUGCGCCGACAUACUCCACCUCGCCACCAGGGAUGCAGUGGCAUUGGCAGGAGGAUGGAAGUACCCAGUCUUCACCGGAAGAAGGGACGGGUAUGAAUCGGAUGCGAAGAUGGUUGACCUGCCACCACCCUCCAUCUCUUGGGAUGAUGCCCUCUCAUAUUUCAAGUCUCGCGGUCUCGAUGUGCUCGAUCUUGGGACUCUCCUAGGUGCUCACACCAUGGGAGUGACUCACUGCCGGUACGUCCACGACAGGAUCUACAACUUCAACGACACAGGACUGCCCGACGACCUGAUGGACUGCAGGUUCGCAAGACAACUAGCGAAGACGUGCCCAUACAGGUACGCACCGGACCAACCCGAUCCGACCGUGUUCCUAAACCCACACUCCGGCGGCAACUUCACCUUCGAGAGCUCCUACUACUCCCGGGUGCUCGACAACCAAGCCGUGCUCGGGAUAGAUCAGCAGUUCCUCGCAUCCAAGGAUGGCGUGCGCAUCGCCAGCGAGUUCGCUUACGAGUUCGACGACUUCAGCCGCUACUUCGCCCUGGCCAUCAGCCGGAUGGGCAGCAUCGGGGUGUUGACCGGAAGUAAGGGGGAGAUAAGGCGUAACUGCAGGUUCACGAAUGCUCAUUACCCGAAGUCCAAGUGAAGAACCAUUUUUGAGACCACCUGUAACUUUAGAUCGAUGCAGAUUGCUGCCACCAUUUCUGCCAAGCUUGGGAGCUGUAGUAGCUCGCUCACCAAGUGUUUGAAUAAAGCUGGAGAUUAAAGUUGUGUGUUGGAAGUUUA